AUGACUCAGAGUUGGAAGGGAGAAUUUAUCACCCUGAUCCUGGUAUCAUAUCUGAUCGUAUCAAUCCAUUCAGCUCCUCUCUCCGCCUACUUGGUGUCUUCAUUUACCCCUCCUGAUCCUGACCCCAACCUGCCAUUCAACCACAUCGCCUUCAACAACAUCACUGGAGAUAUUUACAUAGGAGCACGGGAGAGGCUCUACCAACUCGACUCAGACCUGAACCUCAAAGAGACUGUGGACACUGGGGAGUGUUCUCAUCCAAAUAAAGACCAUGUUAAUGAUAACAAACUCUUGAUUUCCCUGGUAACACCUCAGAACUACAGGCUCAUUGCUUGUGGGGGAUGUGACGGGGAUUGUCAGACAAGUAGCCUGGAUAAUAUCACACUCGACCAGAAAAGUGUCUCCACUACCAAUAAAGUUGUGUCAACAGGAGACCGACCUACUGUGGGAGCCAUUGUUCUUGGUGCCGACAAUGAAAAUACUGGAGAGGGUAAAAUUGAUGGGGAUUAUUUUUUAUUUAAUGGGAUAAGUGGCGGAGCUCCUAGGGAUACAUAUUUUAUUUCAAAGCGCAGACUAAUAGACCAUGUAUCACUGCAAGAAGUACCUGGAAUUGCCGUUGUUCUACCUUCAGAAAAAAACAAUCUCGUCUUCCAACAUCUUAUUUCUUACAAAGAUUACCUUUACUACUUCAUAUCAAGAGGAGAGAUAACUUAUCUAGGACGCCUUUGUCGUAAUACACUAGACGAUAAUUUCGAAUCGUACACGGAGAUAGAGCUACAAUGUACACGUGGUGGAUCUCAGAAUAUUAUUCAAUCAGCUUACAUUGGACCAGCAGGAUCCCAGUUAGCUGAAUCGAUGAAUGUCAACACCACGGAUGACUUAUUGUACGCGGUAUUUUCAUCUACAUCUUCGUCUUCUCUUUGUGUGUAUAAGAUGAUCGAUGUCCAGCAGAGCUUUGAUGAUGCUAUCUUAAAAUGUAUUAAUGGGACUGGCAACAAGAAUAGCUUCCUAGUUGGAAGUAUGUGUAAUACGCACGAAUGCAUUGAGUGA